CGUGACCCGGGCGGCCAGGCCAGGCAGCGUCGCUCUAAUGCCGGAGGAGGAGGUGCUCAUCCCGUCUCUCUGUGUUUGUGCCUGGAAGAAAUGGACUCUGGCAAUGCAUGAAUUUGAUCAUUCAGAGAUCCGAUCAGUUGAGUCUGUGAAUGGCGCCAAAACAGGACCCUAAACCAAAAUUUCAAGAAGGUGAAAGAGUCCUGUGUUUUCAUGGGCCAUUGCUCUAUGAGGCAAAGUGUGUGAAGAUCAACAUAAAGGAUAAGCAGAUAAAGUACUUCAUUCAUUACAGCGGAUGGAACAAAAACUGGGAUGAAUGGGUUCCUGAAAGUAGAGUUCUCAAAUAUGUGGACAGCAACCUUGCGAAACAAAAAGAGCUUCAAAAGGCCAAUCAGGAUCAUUAUGUUGAGGGAAAGAUGAGAGGGAUAGCACCAAGCAAGAAGAUUGCUGCUGUGCAGCAGAAAAAUGCUGAUCUGAAAGUGAAAAAGACAAAACAAAAGACCCCAGGGGCUGGCGAAGGCACUAGCAGCGGAGAAAUGCCCCAGGGACCACGGAAGAAGAGGGCACGGGUUGAUCCCACUGUGGAAAGUGAGGAGACUUUCACCAACCGUGUGGAGGUGAAAGUGAAGAUUCCCGAGGAGCUGAAACCCUGGCUGGUGGAUGACUGGGACCUCAUCACUCGACAGAAACAGUUGUUUCAUCUGCCAGCCAAGAAGAACAUAGAGACCGUCUUAGAGGACUAUGCAAACUAUAAAAAAUCAAAAGGAAACUCGGACAACAAGGAGUAUGCAGUGAAUGAAGUGGUAGCAGGGAUUAGGGAGUACUUCAACGUCAUGCUGGGCACUCAGCUUCUGUACAAGUUUGAAAGGCCUCAGUAUGCUGAGAUUCUGGCUGACCACCCAGACACGCCAAUGUCCCAGGUCUAUGGGGCGCCACACCUGCUGCGCCUUUUUGUGCGUAUUGGAGCAAUGCUGGCCUACACUCCCUUAGAUGAAAAGAGUUUGGCUCUACUGCUCAAUUACCUCCAGGAUUUCCUCAAGUAUCUGGUGAAGAAUUCGUCCACCCUCUUCAGUGCCAGUGACUACGAGGUUGCUCCCCCAGAGUACCACCGUAAGGCUGUGUGAGAGCUCUCAGCACAGAGCAUUUCCCCAGAGGCAUGCCAUGCCUUCUCUCAGACCACAUGUAAUAUUGCCAUUAUUACCCUUGGAGUGGAGAACUGGAUGAAAACUUUUCACUUGAACUCAUCUGCUUCCUCCAUAAAGGUCUCAGGAGCUUGUCACAGUUCUAAGUAAGGAUUUGAAGUAAUUUUUUUUUGUAGCUCUGUCCUUUUUCUCUUUCUCUUUCCCUUUUCCCUGUCUCUCUUCCUGGCAUUGAAAAGAGAAAAAAGGGAUAAUAUGUUUCCAUGUCAAGAAAUUACUAGUUCCACAAACAACUGUGGUGUUUUUUUGUGCAUUCCAUCUGAUGGAUGUGUGUUCCUUGACUGUCACAUGUGUGUAUUUUUAAGUGUUUCCUCCUGACAUAUGAGGUGCACGUGUAUGCACCUCAUAUGACACCUCAUUUCGCACGUUUUUGUACCUGGAUCCUGUGUAUUAUUGGUUAUCAGUUUGUAAUAAACAUGUUUCUACACAUUC